UCUGCCUCUCUGACCCAUGGGGAAUGAGCUCCCGUGGCUUAGCUCUGGCUUGUCCAGCCAAGAACGUGGUGGUGUAUCGCAACGGUGACCCCUUCUUCCACGGGAGGAAGUUUGUAGUGAACCAGCGGCAGUUCCUGACCUUUGAGGCAUUUCUGAAUGAGGUGACCAAGAGCAUUCAUGCACCCUUGGCUGUGAGGAAUCUCUACACACCCAAGCAUGGCCAUCGCGUUGCUGAACUGGCUGACCUGCAGGAUGGGUGCCAGUACGUGGCUGCAGGCUUUGAAAAGUUCAAAAAGCUCGAUGUUUUUCGAAAUGGGGAUUUGUUGAGCCCUCCUUUCCAACUGAUGAUCUCCAAGAGCACUUUAUGGCAGUGGGACACACUCUUGGCUAUGCUGACAGAGAAAGCUGAUCUGUGCAGUGGAGCUGUUAACAGGCUCUGCAGGCUGGAUGGCACACUGGUGUCCAGUGGGGAGGAACUGGUGAAUGGCAACUACUAUGUGGCAGUGGGAACUGAGGAGUACAAAAAAUUGCCUUACUUGGAGCUGCUGGUGCCCCAGGACUCUGUGUGCAGGCCACUCUGGCAUGGACUACAGGCAAAUCAUAAACCAUUGUCUCGGGGAAAAGGAAUGACAACAGUUCUGAAGAUGAAGAGCACUGAAUGAUGUUUUCCUUGGCAGCAAAACUACUCUGAAGAGUUAAAGGACUGUGAUGAGAGGGCAGAUAGGUAAACUGCUCUCUGCACUGCUGUAGGU